UAAUAGUUGAUCAAUGUGCCGAACAAGUUUACUGAGAAGUGAAAAUAGUUGAAAGAAAAAGGGAAUGGCAGCCUCUUCAAAUACUGUAGGCCAGUGGGAGUUUAUUCGAAAACUCGGCCAAGGCGGCUUUGGGGAGGUGCAGCAUUGGAGGAACCUCUCCACGAAACAGGAAAUAGCUGCGAAAGUUAUCAAAAAUGGGAACAAUCUUAGCGUGGACCAACAACGCAAAAUGAAAGAGCGCUGGUGUCAAGAGCACAAUUUUACGCUUGCAUCUAAGCAAAUGCCCAGCAUAGUAGCAGGUGUAAAAUUGGGUGAGGAAUCAGCAGACUUUGUAAAAUACUUAAAUAGCCACCACAUUUGGCAACUGCCGGUGAUUAUAUUGGAAUAUUGCAACGACGGUGAUGUACGAAACCGACUGAAACGAGCGGAAAAUGCAAACGGCCUAGCCGAGUACGAGGUGAGGGAGAUAUUGCGUGCACUGCGUCAAGCCGUACACUUUUUGCAUACGCAAUGUGGGGUGUGCCAUCGCGAUCUAAAGCCGGACAACAUUGUGAUACAGCGUCUACCCAAUGGCCGAAAGCUUUAUAAACUAACGGAUUUUGGUUUGGCGCGCAACUCGCCGGACAAAACGAUGCUGCAGAGCGUAGUGGGCACACGGCAUUAUUACGCACCCGAAGUUAUUAACACUGGUGUAUAUAAUAAUACUGUGGACUACUGGUCGAUGGGCAUAAUUGCCUAUGAAAUCGCGUGUGGCGAGCUGCCAUUUAUUCCCCACCAAACGCCAUUCAAUAUCCAUGUUAAUUUGAUGAAAAAAAAUAGCAAUUGCAUUGCUAUAACCCAGGAUUAUAAAAACGAAAAUGAAGAGUCGUUCACCUAUCACAACGAAAUUCCUGUUGUGCAUCAUUUGAGCAAGCCCUGGCAGGCAUUAUUCACCAAGUGGCUAACGAUUGCGCUUGAUGCUAAUUAUAAGCAACGUGGCACUCGUGCUUUGAUAGCAACUGAUGAAGUACAAGCUGUUAGUACAGCUCAGUCCAUAUUUACGGGAAUUGAUUGCUUGCUGGACAUGAAGAUACUAACACUCUACGAUGCCUGCAGCUGUAAACGGCUGGAGAUUGAGCUAACACCCAAUAUGACAAUGCCGCAGUUAGGUGAACUUAUUAUAAAAGAGACAGGAAUGACCGAAAUAAAAGAUAUGUACUUGGUACUACCUACUGGUCAUCCGCACAAGCAGCUGAAACCAUCGACACAACCACAUGAUCUAUAUGUGGAUGCAUGGGCUGACACCAGCGAGGAUGCUGGCAAUCCUCCAGUCAUGAUGUAUAUUUUUAAUGCUGCAGCUGGUGCCAAGUACUCGGUGCCAAAUCCUGUCUUAACGGAGUUGUUGCAGUAUUGCAUUCAAUCGACGUCUGCAAAUCAUAAGGCUUGGUUGAUGGAACGCCGAAUGCUGGACAUGCAUUAUUUGCUCAGCAAAGAACAGACAAACCUAAAAACAUUGCUGUUUGGUCUUAAGGAAUAUGCAAUGACAUUGGAGCAUGAAAUGAUCAACUUUGAGCCAUAUAUUUCGCAGAUAAAUGUUGAGAAUAUCAAAUUACUCGGUGCUAUGGAACACUUUAAAAUGUUGACAGCCACCGCAGCGCAGCAGCAAAAGUUUGAUAUGAAUAAUAAAGGCGCAUGGAAAUCGGAUUGGCUUAAGCUAGAGCUCAAACAUGAGGAGACCAAAACUGCCAUUGAUAAAAUAAUUCGUCACUAUCAAUCCGCACUGCGCAGCAUACGCGAUACGACAAUAAGCCAAAGCAAUGAACUUUAUAAUACAAUGAGCCAGGCUGAUAAAUUAAGGCUUCUGCCAUUUCGCAAGAAAUAUGUACAGCGCGGAGCUGUACUACCUUGUGAAGAGUUGCGUGAUAAUAUUGUCAUAGAUUAUGCUAAAGCGCGUCAUGCGUUUUAUAGCGAUCCCUACGUAGAGCAGCUGCGCGAGAACCUAAAUAAAUCGCAUUGCCGUUUUCGCAUAAUACCCAGUGCUCUGUUCAAUGCUCGCCAAAAUCUGACAGCUAUUCAAGAACAGCUGUUGCAGUUGCAAUUGCAAAUGCUGCCAAGUCCUGCGGAGCCGCAGCAACCGGUAAUGAAUCAGCUUAAUAAUGCUAUGGGCCAACUAAGUUUUGAUGCUGCUGACGGAGAGUUAAGUGUGCUUAUGAGUGUUCAAACGGAAAGCCUUGUGUCUGAAGCGUUACGCACUAUGCAAACACUUCAACAUGAUAUGGAAGUCGAUCGAGCUGAACAAUAGACCAUGUGAGCUCCACCGUCCCAAUGAUAUUAUUGAAUAAGUCUGCUUUUGAAUUUAAAUGCUUAAGUUUUAUAUUCAUUUAUUUUAUUGGUGCUUUAUAUGUUUCACAGAAACCAAUUCGACUGCUGUUUUAAGCUUUUAUAUACAAGCGUACUUUAAGUUUUUAUAUAUUUUUUGUUGCAUGUUAUCCACUUCUCAUUACUAUAUUUACUUGAUUUUGUUACAAAAUAUAAAAACACACAGGUGUGAAUUGCUUACAGCUUUAA